AUGGACAGCACCCAACAGGACUGGUUCUCCAACGGGUCAUGGAGGAGCGGCGGACUCGCCUUCAGUAACAGCUACCCCUUCUCCUGGACAGUGUUCCUCGCUGUGUUGAUGGGGAUUCUUAUCGUAACCACCGUUUUGGGGAAUGCUCUGGUCAUGCUGGCUUUCUUGGUGGACUCCAGUUUGAGGACGCAGAAUAAUUACUUUCUGCUCAAUCUGGCCAUUUCAGAUUUCCUCGUAGGAGCCCUGUGCAUCCCGCUCUACGUGCCCUAUGUACUAACAGGCAGAUGGAGCUUCGGCAGGAGUGUCUGCAAACUGUGGCUGGUUCUGGAUUACUUGCUGUGCACUUCGUCUGUGUUUAAUAUCGUGCUGAUCAGCUACGACAGGUUCAUAUCAGUGACCAGGGCGGUAAGCUACAGGGCUCAGCAAAGUAACAGCAAACAUGCCGUGGUGAAGAUGUCCAUGGUUUGGCUUUUAGCGUUCCUGUUGUACGGGCCGGCCAUCAUCACCUGGGAGUACAUAGCAGGAAGGAGCAUCAUCCCAGAAGGAGAAUGCUUCGCUGAAUUCUUUUACAACUGGUACUUUCUGAUGACGGCUUCCACCCUGGAGUUUUUCACCCCUUUUAUUAGCGUGACGUUCUUCAACAUGAGCAUCUAUCUAAACAUUCGGAAACGUACCAAGACCCGACUGGACCUCCUGCAGGAAGCUCAGAGCCAAACCACCACCGAGGACCACAGGGAGACUGCGGAACCCAAGAGGUCCAGCUCUUUGAAAUGUUGGAAGCUGCAGCAGAAGAUUUCACGAGCUGGAGGACAAGGUCGAAGGGUGGCAGGGAAGCCAACGGAGGCCGAGAUGAUAGGGAGGGUGAAAGAGGUCAAGAGAGCUUCCUUAAACGGGAGCACACUGACUGUAUUGGGGAAGUCACGAAGCACUAGAAGGAGCUUUAAUGAAUCCGGCUCCACACCAUCUCUGGAGAAACGCAUGAGGAUGGUUUCUCAAGGAAUUGCUCAACGAUUUCGAUUGUCCAGAGACAAAAAAGUGGCCAAGUCCCUGGCAGUGAUUGUUUGUGUAUUUGGGCUCUGCUGGGCCCCUUAUACCCUGUUGAUGAUCAUCAGGGCCGCUUGCAGGGGACACUGCGUUCCCAAUUACUGGUAUGAGGCUUCCUUUUGGCUGCUGUGGAUAAAUUCAGCCGUCAACCCCAUUCUGUACCCUCUGUGCCAUUACAGCUUCAAGAGAGCAUUUAAAAAGAUCUUGUGUCCCCAAAAAUUAACACUUAAACCCAAUGGCAAAUCUCAUCGCUGCUGGAAGUGA